UUUACAUGUUCUAUGCCCCCCGUGGAUGCCGGGUCGCCGGCGCCGACGUGCACCUAUGACGUCACCGGGAGUCCCGAAGAGCGAAGGACGCUGUGUACACGAGGUUCAGUACGCUGCAUAUGUAUCAGUGGGCGGUGUUAUGUCUGUUAUCCAAAUGAUGUUUGCAGGACUCCUCUUCCUACUUUUCACAAAAUGCAGAUGUAUGCGAAAACAUAUGAUAAAAAAAUUGGAUAUGUGACUACUCCAAUAGCAAUGGUGCAAGCUGGUGUGACCAUUCUAAAGGAACCAAGCUCUCUCCCAAAAAAAGGUGGAGUUUACACCCCAGGAGCAGCCUUCUCUAAAACCAAACUGAUUGAACGUCUCGACAAAGCCGGCAUCCAUUUGUCGGUCAUCAGCAAGACGGAAGCCUGAGAUAUAGAUAUAGAUAUAUAUAUUGCACUAUAAUUACCAUGCAUGACUAGUUGAAAUAAUAGGUAACUUGGCCCACAUUACUACAGAUAAUACAGGACUUUCAUUAAUUUUCAUAUGUAAUCUUACUACAGUA